ACCUGAUGGGAGGAAUGGUGAAAGGAAAGAGCGAUCCUUAUGUGAAAAUCAACAUCGGAGGAGAGACCUUCACCAGCCAAGUUAUCAAGGCCAACCUCAACCCCACCUGGAACGAGAUGUACGAGGUGAUUUUGACUCAACUUCACGGUCAGGAUCUGCAGCUGGAAGUGUUUGAUAAAGACAUGGAUGUAAAGGACGACUUCAUGGGGAGGUUGAAGAUAAACCUCCAAGACAUCAUCAAAUCCCAGUACACAGAUCAGUGGUACACUCUGAACGAUGUGAAGUCUGGCCGUGUUCAUCUGGUGCUGGAGUGGGUCCCAACCUCCUCUGAGUCAGAUCACGUCGACCAGGUUCUUACUUUUCUCUCAAGACAGUCGUACCAGAACAAAGCCAUUCCCUCCGCAGCUCUCCUCUUCGUCUUUAUUGAACAGGCUGAUGGUUUACCAGUAAAGAAGAGUGGCAAAGACCCAAAAGUUGGAGCAGAAAUCAGACUUGAUAAACAGUCUCGUAAAACAACUGUGUGUGAGCGAACUACAUCUCCAGCGUGGCACGAGGCUUUCUGCUUCAUGGUUCGCGACCCCAGAGAGGACAUACUGGUCAUCAAGCUGUCCCAUAGCUGGACGCUGCCCAUCGGCUCCCUGGUGAUCCCACUCCGAGAGCUGCUGUCAGAGCCGGGGCUGGUCCUGGAUCAGUGGUUCCAUCUGGACGGAGGUCUCCCAGACAGCCAGGUGCUGCUCAGGACCGAACUCAAGAUGUUGGUUCCUUCCAAAUGUCCAGUGCCCAAAGAGCCCAAAGUGAGUGUCCCUGCUCCCUCAGAUCCUGUCCCUGCCCCCAGAAAACAGGAGACUGACCCUGCUCUCAAAUCCAGCACUGUGGACCCCACUCCUGUUGAGACUAUCGUUCCCUCAGUGUUGGUGAGAGAAGAGGAGGAGGUUAAAGCUGCAGAAGCCCCAACAGCAGAAGAAGAGGAGGAGGAAGAGGAGGAGAAGGUCCCUGUGGUCACACUCCCUCCCCACACCUCUCCAGAUAUCAGCUUCGCCAGCGAGGGCAUGCUGAGGAUUGUCCUGCUCGAGGCUCAGAGUCUUGUGGCCAAAGACAAAUUGAUGGGAGGGAUGGUGAAGGGGAAGAGCGACCCCUACGCCAAAAUCACUGUGGGACAAUCUGUGUUCAAGAGCAACGUCAUCAAGGAAAACCUCAACCCAGUCUGGAACGAGAUGUACCAGGUGGUGCUGAGGGCGCAGGCAGGGCAGGAGGUGCAGUUGGAGCUGUUUGACAAAGACAUGGACUCAGACGACUUCAUGGGCAGGUUCAAAGUGAGUGUAGCCGACAUCAUCAGAUCACAGUUCUCAGACGAAUGGUACACCUUAAAUGACGUUAAAUCUGGUCGUGUGCGUCUGAUUCUGGAGUGGAUCCCAACAGUUUCCCAUCAUGCAUCUCUGGACAGGGUGAUGCAGCUGCAGUCUCUCCAUUCAUACAAAAACAAGGCUGUUCCCACAGCUGCUCUGCUCUUCGUUUAUGUGGACCGAGCUCAUUCACUGCCUUUUAAGAAAAGUGGAAAGGAGCCCAGGCCUGCGGUGGAGCUCGUACUUGGGAAGACAAGCCACAAAACCAAGGUGUGCGACCGCUCCAGAGCUCCAGAGUGGAAAGAAUCAUUCCACUUCUUGGUUCAGAAUCCAACAGAGGAAAAGCUGAUAUUGAAGGUGUCCAGUGCGUGGGAUCAGCCCAUUGGUUCUGUGGAGGUCCCUGUCAGGGACCUCCUCUCUGAGCCUCAGCUAGUUCUGGACAAAUGGAUGAAUUUAGACGGAGCUUUACCUGAAAGUCAGAUCCUUCUGCGGACUGAACUCAAGAUCCUGGACUCAAAGCUGACAGAGGUGCCACUGCUGUCUGUCCCUGGAGCUGCAGAAACUGAACCCACUUUUAAAGCAGUGAUUGAAGACCAGAAACUACCAGAGCAGCUGCAGCCGGAGCCUGUUUCAGAAUGGACGCAGCCUCAGGUCCAAGAGACAGAUGUCGAACCUGAGGAGACGCACACCUCUCCUCACACUUUACCGUCUGCUCCUCCAGCUGCCGAGAUGGAGGAGGAACAAGAAGAGACAGAGGAGCAGCUUAUCAAUUCAGGGCCUACAGCAACCGAGCACUUAAAACCAACGGUAGACACGAAAGGUACUGGUCUGGAGGAUCUAGUCCAGGCCACAGUCACUGGUCUCCCUGAAGAACCUGCAGAAGUCCUGCCUCCAAACACCACUCCAAACCAUGACUUUGCCACAGAGGGCCUGCUGAGGAUUCUCCUGCUGGAAGCUCGCAGUCUGGUGGCCAAAGACAAUCUGAUGGGUGGGAUGGUGAAAGGGAAGAGCGACCCCUACGUGAACAUCACCAUAGGCAAAACUGCUUUCAAGAGUCAUGUGAUCAAGGAAAACCUCAACCCCACCUGGAACGAGAUGUACGAGGUGGUGUUAAAAGCAGACAGUGCACAGGAGAUCCACGUGGAGGCGUUUGACAAAGACCUGGACUCUGAUGACUUCCUGGGCAGAUUUAGCAUCAACUUGAAAGAUGUGAUCAGAUCCCAGUACACAGACCAGUGGUACACUUUAAACGACGUAAAGUCUGGACGCAUUCACCUGAUUUUAGAGUGGGUUCCUACAGUGACCGACCCAGCACGACUCGACCAGAUUCUGCAGCUCCAGUCUCUACAAACAUAUCAAAACAAAGCGGUUCUGUCAGCCGCUCUGCUCUUUGUCUACUUAGAGAGAGCUCAUUCACUUCCCCUGAAGAAAAGUGGAAAGGAGCCCAAAGCUGGAGCAGAGCUGACUGUUGGACAAACUUCAUAUAAAUCACAGUUGUGUGAGCGCACGUCCAGCCCAGAGUGGAACGAGUCCUUCUACUUUAACAUAAAAAACCCGAAAGACGACAUGCUCAUCGUGAAGUUGUCGAGUGGAUGGGAGCAGCCCAUGGGGUCCGUGGUGGUCCCAGUCCGGUCUCUGCUCUCUGGACCAGGUCUGGUUCUGGAUGAGUGGCUCUCUCUGGACGGAGCUACGCCACAAAGCCAGAUCCUCCUCAGGGCUCAACUCAAGAUCCUGGACUCCAGGCUGGUGGACCUGAUGCUCUCUGGGUCUCUGCCCUCGCCCUCUGGGAACGGUCAGAUCAGAAUGUCUCUGUUUUACCAAACGCAGGAGAGGAAACUCACCGUCACUGUACACGAAUGCAGGGACCUGUUGUCUCAGAGUAAGGAUGGCGUUGACAGUUACGUGUCUCUGAUGCUGCUCCCAGACAAACACAAAUCUACAAAGAAGAAGACGGCCGUGAAGAAGAAAGUGCUCGACCCGGAGUUCAAUGAGAGAUUUGAGUUUGACUUGCCGCUGGAGGAGGUUAAACAGCGCCAUCUAAGUGUGUCAGUGAAGAAUAACGCUUCUUUCCGAGGGCCUGAUGUGAUAGGACAGGUUCAGAUCGCUUUGGCUGAAAUAAACCUCUCUGGAGUUACUCAGUGGUUCACUUUGAAGGAUGAAGCUGAUUGAUCCGUUUUUUAUGUUUUAUUUGAUUUGAUUUGUUUUAUCGAUGCUGUAUUGUAACAUUGCACUGUGCCACGCCUACAACCACUCACACUGAUGCCUUUCCUCUAGCCAGUAUCUGCAGCAGCCUUACCUGUAUCCUAUGCACUUACACUGACCGGCCACUUUAUUAGGUACAGCUCACAUACAGGUGGAGAUGUUAGUAUGAAUGAGCUUUGUGAAUUCAGCAGUUCUGGGCUGCAAAAAUUAUAAUACAGCAUAGGUUAAAAUGGUUAAAUUCAGAAUAAUUUGUUUUGGGUUGUUCUUGGUAUUUAAGAACUAAACUAGGACUGAACCAGGACUAAAACAUGACUAAAACAGAGCAGAACCAGCACUAAAACAGGACCAAAACAGGACUGAACCGGGACUGAACCAAGACUGAAACGGAACUGAACCAAGACUGAAACGGGACUGAACCGAGACUACACCAGGACUAAACCAAGACAAAUACAGGACUAAAACAAAACUAAAUCAGGAACAAACCAGGACUAAACCCAGACUACUCCAGAAAUAACCCGGGACUAACCCGGGACUAAACCGGGACUAGACCAGGUAGGAGCCAAAGCUAAAACACAACUAAACAAGGACCAAUAUUUUUUGUUACAAGCUCAAUAAUAAGUUAACUGGUCAAAAUAUAGGCUAUGGUUCAGUUCUGGUUCAUUACCUUAUAAGUUCUGGUUUAGUCCCGGGUUUAGUCCCGGGUUUAGUCCCGGGUUUAGUCCCGGGUUUAGUGAUAUACAUGGAACAUGACAUGGACUGAUCAGAAACUGCUGCUUGGAUUCGUACUCACAACCACAAACCAUCUUUAGGCCCCAGAAAAUGAUAAUAUAAUUUUUUAUUUUAUGAUAAAGGUCAUGUACAUUGACUAGUUUACAUUGAUUAGGUGUACCUAAUAUUGUGGCCAUUUAGUGUACACUUAUGGUAUUAUACACCAAAGAUAACCACGCUAUCUGAAUAUGAUGUACGAUGUUCUAACUGUUACGGAAACACAAAGACUGAAGAUUUAACAUGAAGAAAUAAUAAUAAUUGCAAUUGUAUUUAAUUUAGUGCAAAAUUAGAAAACUCUCUAUAUUGUUACCAUUUCAGUAUUUUAUCUGAGUAGUUUAGUAGAUGAAGGAUUUUUUUUAUAUAUAUAUUAAACUUUGAAUAUGUUUGCGAUGUGUUUUCUGUCUGUUACAGUUAAAGCUGAUUUAAUUUUGUGUAUAUUGGUCAUGAAGAAAAUAUGGCAAUGAUCAGAUUGUCAAUGUGUUGUAGUAUUUGUUGAAGGGAACUAAGCAAAAUAAACGUGAAUUUGCACACACA